AUGGCAGAAGGAGAAAAAGCUGUUCAAAAGAGGAAGAAGAGACAGUAUAGUAGAAAUGGGUGCAAAGAGUGCAAAAGAAGAAAGCUCAAAUGCGACGAGGGAAAACCAGAGUGUUGGCAAUGUUCACAUUUAGGUAAAUCCUGCAUCUAUGUCAAAAAUUUCAAGUUUAGUGAAUCAAGAAGUUUAUGCCUUCCUCAAUCCACCAAUUCAGCUGGCCCAAAGAAUGUGAAAAUAGAGUAUAACAUUGUGAGUAAUAAUGACAUCGGUGAACCACCAAUAGAAGAGACAAGUCCAGCUAGCACGGCUACUUCUGAAAAUAGAGACCAUAAGAAGGAAAUCAUCAAUGAAGCUACACUUCUAGCUAAUGAUCUAUUUGAAAGUGCAGUAGGGCCUGAAGGUGGUGGAUCCCAAUUAGAUGACUUCAUAAUGGAUUUGACAUUGAGUGAAAUGACCAAGAAGCAAAAUGUACUAGGCUCUUUUGAUCUACAGGAACCUCAUAACCAUUACCUGGAGAUUUUUUAUGAUAAGAUAAGCGCUUGGUUAAUGCCCUUGGAACAAAACCUAUGCAAUGAAAUAUUGAUAAAUCAUGCAAAGACAUCUCCUUAUCUAUUGGCUGCAAUGUUAUCACUAGCCGCAAAGGAUCAAGCAAAAUUAAAAUACGUUUCAACUUGUUUGAAAAAUAUGAAUAACGUGUUUCAACACCAUGCAAACAUCCUUCAGAAUAUUGAACCAUUGAUACUUACUGUCUUGUUAUUAGCUGCUGACUCUACUUCCAAUAAUUGGAGAGUACAUUUACGUGGUGCCAAAGAUCUUUUCAACAAAUAUAUCAAAAUUUAUCAAACACCAUCUUUAUUAUUGGCCAAGUCUUGGUUCGCAGCUAUUGAAAUCUUGGCUGGCUUAACUACUUAUGGAACUGGGAAAGUUCAUGAGCUGGAUAAUCUGUUGGAUGUUGGAUUAUACGGAGAGAAUAGUGAAUUUGCAAUAGAUAUUGGACUAUUAAUGCCUAAUGGAUAUAAUGUGUUUCUAGGAUAUUCAACAGAGGCAAUCAUCAUGUAUCGAGAGUUUUUCAAAUUGAAAAAACUGGAUUCGAUGGAUUUAUUAUUUCAAAUGAGUUUAAUUCAUAGUGCUAAAGAGUUUCAAGUUGCUAGUUCUUCAAUAAUAAUCUCAUUACAAAAUCCAAUGCAUCCAAAUUUUCAAGAUACUGAUGAGAAAAUCAUACUACCUGCUUCUUGCUAUGGUAUCAAUACUGAUAUAGUGUAUUCAUGGUUUGAUUUAAUACACCAAUUACAUGUUGAUGCUCUACUACUCAAGAUUUAUAAUGAUUUCUUGAAAUUACCCACUGAUCAUUAUUUAGUUCAGGAUUUAGUUAGCAGGAUGUUGAAAAAUUGUUAUUUUUACAAAGGGAACCAAGUAUUGGAUUCUAGUGAUACAAGGCUAUUGAUGCUUCAUGGUCCUUUAUUAGCUUGUGGGAUGAAUUGUAUAAAUGUUGAAGAUAAGUUGAAAGUGGAAAGUUAUUUCAAAUGCUUAAUGGAGCUGGAGAUCUAUAGUGCUAAUUAUUCCUAUAGGAGAAUUCAAAACAGGUGGAACGGUGUCAAUGAUGAAAAAAUCAUGGAUCUAGUUCCAUUUGCAUAG